UCUGCUAAAAUAUGUCGUAUAGACCACAACAGAAAAUUGUUAACAUGAUUAAAAAGUUAUUUUUUUGUGUGUUAGUGCUACAUAUAUGUGCCGUUUUGGGACAUGGCAUUGAUACGAGACAUAAGUUUGACACCAGGAGCGGAACCAACAAAGAUCAUCUUCUACCAGAAACGUGUGGAAGUAUUUCGGAAAAUCGUAUCUUUGGAGGUCAAUACGCUAAUCUCUACGAGUUCCCUUGGAUGGCCCUUAUCUCUUAUAGUACAGGGAGUGGUCCGCAAUUCCAAUGUUCAGGGACGAUUAUUAACUCAAAAUACAUCUUGACGGCUGCUCACUGUGUUGUCGGCAAAAAUAUUUUAGGUGUGAGGAUGGGAGAAUUCGACAUCAGUACCUAUGAAGACUGCCAGUAUGGACCUGGCUUAUCCCCUGUCUGUGAGAACCAUAUUCAGGACAUGCCUGUAGAAAUGGCAAUACCCCAUAGCGAGUAUCGCUCGAUGCCACCGACAAAUGACAUUGCUUUGCUGAGAAUGGAAGGCGAGAUCGACUUUAGUUUUGCUAAUGUUGAACCAAUUUGUCUACCAAUAACGCCUGAACUUCAAAAUACAGUUUUGGACCAUAAGACUGGUACAGUGGCUGGCUGGGGAAUGACGGAAACUGGCAGGGAGGCGACAAAACUGAUGAAAGUCGAUUAUUCUGUAAAUUCCAACUCAGAUUGCAAGAUGUACUUCAGAAACAUACUAAACCAAUAUCCUAAAGCACAAUGGAAUGAAACUAUGAAGAAUCAGUUUUGUGGAGGAGAAUCAGGGAAAGAGUCGUGCAUUGGCGACUCUGGUGGUCCGUUUAUGAUUAAAGACAUGUAUAAAGAUGUGAGCAGCUAUGUCCAAUAUGGAGUCGUGUCUCAUGGACCUAUGACAUGCGGUUCUGGUACACCAAGCUAUUACACUGAUGUAACGAAAUAUAUAAAUUGGAUACUGGACAAUAUUACAGAUUAGUUCUAUAACAAAGAAUCGUCUUUUAGUUACACAUUUCACAACGAUUGUCAAGAAACUUCCCCAACAUUUCAAAGUUGAUAAUAUUAAAUUAAAAAGAUUAACAUAUUAA